AUGGCGGGCACACCAGCCCCGCUACCAGGCCAUGUAGAAGCCAAAUACGCUGCCAUUAUCGACGACAUUCUCCGCAUCAGCGACAUCAAUACAAUCUCCGCGAAGCGCAUACGGAAGGCCCUGCAGGAGCGCGUCGGGACGGACCUGUCCGAACAAAAGGAGAAAAUCACGGCCUUGAUCUUGCGUCGUUUCGACAUAUUCAACGCAGAGCAGAAUGGCAACUCAGAGCCCUCGGACACCCUACCCUCGGUCGAAAACGGCGUCAAAGCCUCCAAUGGCAAUACAUCAGACGGUUCGGCCCCAAAGAGAUCGCCAGAGGACGACUCUGCCCUCUCAGAAGUCGAUAAUGAUGCGUCACAUCCCAAGAAGAAGGUUAAGAAAAGCAAAGGGGUAGCAGAGGACGAUGCGGCUUUGGCGGCGAGGUUACAAGCAGAGGAGAAUGCGCGACUUCGGUCAACGCGCGGAGGCAACACCAAGCGGCGAGCUGCACCCAAGAAAGUAGAAAAGAAGACCAAGAAGAAGAGCGCGACAAGGGUCAAAGACGUUGACGACAGUGAUGUAAACUCGGACAGUGGCGCAGAAAAGAAAAGCCCAAGCCGGAAAGGAGGGUUCCAUAAACCAAUGGCCCUCUCCCCCGCCCUCUCCGAACUCCUCGGCGAAACCCAGCUGUCGCGCCCCCAAACCGUCAAGAAGAUAUGGGAAUACGUCAAGGAGCGCGACCUGCAAGACCCAGCCGACAAGCGCCAAAUCCGGUGCGACGAUGCCAUGCGCGCCGUCUUCAAGCAGGACCGCGUGCACAUGUUCACCAUGAACAAGAUUUUAAACCAGAACCUCUAUGCGGUCGAGGAGACGGUCUAG